UUUGUUUUUAAAUAUACAUUUGGUUGUUGUCGUCGCUCUUCUUUCUGGGGUAUCCAAGAGUUGCGUAACCAUGGUUAUUGGUUGCCACCUCUCCAGUGUGUCUCUUCGAUAAAACCGUUACGGUCGUUCGGAUCGCUUUCAUUUGUUUUCCUUUCUUCCGAGAUGAGCGACGUCCGAUUCAAGAAGGAGGCGCUGACCGGUCCUCACGCGGACGCCUUGGACAAGGCUUUCGGCGCGAAGAACAGCUUCUGGAAAUUCACUCCGGGCAAUCUGCUGAUGCCGUCCUUCUUCGAGGACAUCGCCGGACAGAUACUCGACGCCAGUGUCCGCGAAGAUGACGUCUGGCUCAUCAGUUAUCCGAGGACCGGCUCCACAUGGACUCAAGAAAUGGUCUGGCUGAUCGGCAACGAACUCGACUUCGAACAGGCGAGGAAAACCAUCCAGCAACUCCGAGCCCCGAUGAUCGAAUUGUCCACGUACUUCGCCGAAUACACCAACUUCAUAGCCGGCUACGGAAACUCCGUGGAGAUCGUCGAGAAUUGGCCUACGCCUAGAUUCAUCAAAACCCAUCUACCAGUCGAAUUUCUGCCCACGCAAAUGCACAAAGUCAAACCCAAGAUAAUCUAUGUGGCGAGACAUCCGAAGGAUCUGUGCGUUUCUUAUUACCACCACUGCCAGCUGAUGCAUCACAUGGACAUCGGUUUCGAGGAGUUCGCCGAGCUCUUCAUCAACGACACGGUGCCUCUGGGUGCGGUUUUCGAUCAUUAUUUGGGCUAUUGGGCGAUGCGAGAUGAUCCGAACGUGCUGUUCAUCAUGUACGAGGAUCUGAAGAAGGACACCGGGGCCGGAAUCAGGCGGAUCGCCGAGUUCAUGGAGAAAUCGUUGAGCGAUGAUGAAGUGGAUAAGUUGGAGGAUUUCUUGAGCGUGGAGAAUAUGCGAAAGAAUCCUGGCUGUAAUAUGGCACCGAUCCUUGAUAGUUUGAUGGGCGAGAACUAUUUGGAGAAGACGGGGAAGAGUUUCAUUAGGAAGGGAAAGGUGGGCGAUUGGAAGACGCACAUGAGUCCGGAUCUGUCGCGGCGUUUCGACGAGUGGAUUCGCAGGAAGACGGAAGGAACCGGAUUGAGUUUCGAUUGAAAUUCAA